AUGAGUUGGAUCGGCAAGCGGAAUGAGAUCCUGCCGAUCUGGAAUGUAUUGGUUGUUCCUCGGCGGCAGUCGGUUAGCGCCGCAGAUGACGCCAACGCCGAUGCCGACGCCGACGCCAACCGAGCCCUCCGCAUUACCCCAGAAAGCCGCUGCCCCCUCCAUCUUUCUCUCGCUUGGGAUGAAUCCAGCUCUGGCGACUCUCACACAGUAACUCGCACACAAUGGCUUCCAGAAGUCUACUUCAGCGGGCAUGGCUGGUGGCACACAGAUCAGGAGUCGUGGCGCCUGUACGAAUGCGCCCGGCGCGCAGAUGGGGAAGUUCGAUCUCACAAAGACCAGGUUCCGAUCGGUGAGGAAUACUUCCAGAAUGCCUCCCGCGCACUAUCAAGGCUAACAACCGAUAUGGCCAGAGUCUUGUUUCCUGGUGCUGUCAAUAGCAAGUUCACGACUGAAAUGUCCUUCCUCAAAGCAUCCGACCUACCAGGCAUCCCCACGUAUCGAGUAAUCGACUCCGACGGCGAGUUGGUGGAUAAGUCCCGGGGCCCACCAAAGGUGUCCGAUGAAGAAGCGCUGUCAUGGUACAAGAACAUGCUGCUAGUAAGCAUUAUGGAUGUGGUCAUGUUUGAAGCGCAACGCCAAGGCCGGUUAAGUUUCUAUAUGGUUUCCGCAGGCGAGGAAGGAAUCGCAGUGGGCUCGGCCGCGGCUCUCAUACCGGACGACGUGGUAUUUGCACAAUACCGGGAAGCGGGUGUUUUCCAGCAGCGUGGAUUCGGCCUGAAGAACUUUAUGGGCCAGCUCUUCGCCAAUUGCAACGACACUGGCAAAGGCCGCAAUAUGCCCGUCCACUACGGCCAAAACUACCCCCGCAUUCAUACAAUCUCCUCCCCAUUAGCUACACAGAUUCCCCAAGCUGCGGGAGCGGCUUACGCUCUCAAGAUGCAAGAUCUUCAAGAUCUCAACCGACCACCCCGCAUAGUUGCUUGUUACUUUGGUGAAGGAGCUGCUAGCGAGGGUGACUUCCAUGCUGCGCUCAACAUUGCCGCCACUCGGUCAUGUCCAAUUGUGUUCCUGUGCCGGAACAACGGGUACGCUAUUUCAACGCCGACGCUAGAACAAUACCGUGGCGAUGGAAUCGCCAGUCGAGGUGUUGGGUAUGGCAUUGAUACAAUUCGUGUAGAUGGGAAUGAUGUUUUUGCAGUCCACGAAGCCAUGAAGGAGGCCCGCUCACGCGCCCUGAGCGACGGCGGUCGACCCGUCUUGAUCGAGGCGAUGAGCUACCGUGUUUCACACCACAGCACUAGUGAUGACAGCUUCGCAUACCGUGCCCGAGUGGAGGUGGAGGACUGGAAGCGCCGCGACAAUCCUAUUAUUCGAUUAAGAAAGUGGCUUGAAAACAAGGGCCUUUGGAAUGAAGACUUAGAAAAAGAAACGCGUGACGCAAUGCGUAAGGAAGUGUUGAGAGAGUUUAGCGAGGCUGAACGAGAGAAGAAACCUCCUCUCAGAGAGGCCUUUACCGAUGUCUAUGAAGAGAUCACUGAAGAAGCUCGCGAACAAAUGAAGGAGCUGAAGCGGAUCUUGGAGACAUAUCCUGAUGAGUAUGAUCUCCGUCCAUAUAAGGAUGGUGUGAAAGGAUUGGACUAG